AGGGGCAUUGGAGAAGACGCACUAAGUCGUGUGGGUGGUGUAAAUCCAGUAUGUGUGAGCCAGUAAGGCAGGCCAGAGCUGUUUUUAUUUUCUGUUGAGAAGAGAGGGAGGCACAGAGACAUACAAAUGAAUAGGCUGUUUUUCUGAAGACUCUGAAGGAGGGAAUAUUCCACACUGCUACAGUGUGGCGGAUGGGAAGGGACGCUUGAGAGGGGAGUUGACAGGUGAUCUUGAAGAUAAUGUUGAAGUCAUUUAUACUCUCUCUUGGGUGUGAAAGGAAACAAACUUCAAGAGAAAACACAAUGACCAGCAUCAUUAAUCAAUUGCGGACAACAGGUGUUGUGCUAUAAGACAGAUCUUCAGGCUGCUAUUUUGUCAGCCAUGUCUCAGUCAGGUAAAAUUCUCCACCUUUAUGUAGAGGUGAGAUCUGUUCCUGAUGAAGAAGGAAAAGACCUGGGAGAUGUGGAGAGAACAGAUUCCCCUAUGUUGGCAGCACCAGACAUUAUUCAGCAAUCUCAGAUUGUUGGCCCUAAUGCCCCACAUGGCCGGGUAUCCCCACGUGGAGUCCUGCAUAAAGGUGGAAGCAGCACCCAGAGCCUGGCCUCCUGUAAAUCAACAUCUAGACACUCUGUAAGUUUUCAGCUACAUCCAGGUCUUGACUCUGACCAAUCGACAACCCAGCACCAAAAAAACCUACCUUAUGAUGAGAUAAGCCAGUUACUCUCUGUCCUCCAAACAGGAACCACUGGAAACAAAUGUCACUUGGUGUGUUCUCCCUCUGAACGUGACUCCUUUGGUAGAGAACCUCACUUCUCAGGACGGUUUACCGCCCCUCCUACUCCUAGUGGAACUCGUAAGGUUUGCAGCCCAAUAAAAAUGAAGGGAGGAGAUGAAGGGAGAAGAUCUAUUGCCACUUUUAGUUAUAUCGAAAAAGCUAAAAUUAAAUCUGUUGAGAGUCAGUAUAGCUCUUUGUGCCAAAAUGAGCCUCAGAAUCCUUUUAAAAAAAAUAUGGAGGAUCGAGCAACUUCCCUUCACCUCAAGAAAAGGCUUAGUGACCCAGUGUGGUUUAAUAGCUUUGAGUCUAUGAACAACUGUAAUUCAAAACAACUUAGUCAGGGUUUGGGGAACCCACAUAUAGGUAGCCCCAGCUUUAGACGGGCUACUCUAGAUGUUGCCAGAGAAGCAACCCAUAAAGCAUUGGAUGAAUUUGGUUCCCCACAACUAAGGCAAAAACUGGCAGGCAACUGUCAUGAUAGAGGUCAUGACAUCAGGAAAGUAGAGCAACGUCGCUGUAGGUCUUGGUCUGGGUCACCAGUGAUACCAUCCAGUUCUAGGACUCUGCCUACUAAAGCAACAAUCAUGGACCAUGAGAGGAACAGUUCAUUUUAUAGACUUCCUAGGAGCCCAGCUACAGAUCAACUGUCACACCAUGCCAAACAAGCUUACUUCACCAUUUCAAAUUCAACUGUUAACACUCAGGAGAUCUCAAACCAAAGAGUGCAAGGGUCUAGGCUUCGCCCAAACUUACCAUCUUGUAAGCCUACAGCUAUUCAACAUGAACUACCAGCUAAGAUUGUAACUCAAUCUCCCAGUAAUCAACAAAUCAGUCAUUCCAUGAGUGACAGUCCACGGCAAUCCCAUAGAGUCAAUUUCCACCUGGGCAACUCCAAAACUAAAGCAGAAAAGGUAGUUAAUCAACUGAGCGAAAAGAGGAGCAUAUCCCCAGCUACAAGUCCUGAUACAGCUCGUAAAUUAGCAGAGGAAGCCACUAAACUCUCUGUACUCAUGGAAGCCAGGAGGACUCCAUCACCAACCCCAUCAUCAACAGACACAGUGAGGUCUGAUAGUCCCCAGAGGGGACAUUCACGGGAGCCCCAGGACUCUGAAGCACAAUCACACUCUAACUGUAACCUUCCUGCUCAUGAGCACAACAGGAAAAACUUCCAGACUUCUGUCAAGACUGGUUAUCAAUUUUUUCAAUCGACCCCUCUUUUGUCCAACAUUGGAAGUACUUCUCCCGCAGUUCCAGCAAGGUUGAACCGAUCUGAUGUAAAAUCAUCAUCUCCCAUACGUGACCCACAGAUAGACAGAACACAGUUAGUGGGAAAGGACAGCCCCACUUUACAUCGUCACCUACCUACCCAGUACACAAGAGACAAUCAUACACCCACCUAUGACGGCCAGCUGCAUGAUACACUCAGAGGUCACAAAGACAGUCCAGACAUCAUCAGAAGGUCUUUCACUAGGCCAAACACAGAUACAUCUGCAACCUGGACCUCUCAGGAAAAACAUGGAUUAGAGGAAUGCUUUACCAGAGACAAGAAAAGCUUGAUGGAAGUAAAUAAUCAAAAGAGGAAUAGUCUAAAUACACCAGGCUCUCCAGACAACCACUGUGGUGUCUCAGUGCCACACAGUGAGAUAAAAGGUCACAAUCGGGCUAAAAAGGAGUGGAGUGGUACAGCAUCACAGAGCUCCAGUGGAGUCAAAGGUAGUCUUGUGGAGAGCACUCUACAUGAAAAAAAACACAUAUCCUCUGAGACAUCUAGCAGAACCAGCCAGAAGAGUUCUGACUCUGGAAACACAGCCAUACAGUCUGAAAAUGCAACAUGUUUGCAGAGGCCUUCCUUGCACUCACAGAAGAUUGCUCGUGCCAAAUGGGAGUUCCUGUUUGGGUCCCACUCUGAAGACCAACAAACAAAAGACUCCUCCACUCCAUCCUCUAGUGGCUGCUCCAGUGAGUCCCCGACGCCCAUUCCACCCCUGUCUACCCACCUAAGGCCUGUAACAACACAUUCAAGACAUUAUAAAUCAAUUGGCUCUUCAAAAUCAUCAUGUCAAGAUGUACAGCAAGUAGAAGUGGAGUUGAUCAGCCAUCAUCCCACAGUGGGGACCUCCAAUAAGACUGGCAUCAUUAGACGUACUGUCAAAUAUUCAGAGACAGACAUAGACGCAGUGCCCCUGCGCUGUUAUAGGGAAACAGACCUUGAUGAGGUCAUGCUGGCAGAACAGGAGGAGGUUGACUCUGCUUUUGGUAGUAACCGCAGUGUGCUGGGCACUUCAGGCACCACCAGCAGCAGCCCUCUGGAUGGAGUGCUGUGCCCACACACUGAUGGUGAGGAGGAGCUGCAAGAUGAAGAGGUGGCAAGCUGGGCCAGUGUAAGGAUGCAAGGUGACAAAAAGAGGCAAAAUGCCACACCUGAGGGAGACGAAGUAUUUAGUCGACUGCUAAGAGGUCCACUAGAUUACCAGCCUGACAGCCACACGGAUUUGAAGUCUCCCAUCUCUGUGACCAGCCCCUGCCGGGUGUCCUCAGAUUGCUUAGACACCUUCAGCAGACACUUUGAGAGUAUCAUGGAGUCGCACCGUGCCAAGGGCACCUCUUAUAGUAGCCUGGAUAGUGAAGAUAUCACCCCUAGUGGCCCUCCAAUCUUCACUUUUGACUUUCCAACACUCACACCUGAGAUCCAGAGUCAGAUCUGUGAAAGUGCCAAGCAGAUCACUGAAUUGAAUUUUGCUUCGCUAACAUGCCCAGAACCACCUACUGUGUCUCAUCUCAUAGUGGCAUCACAGGACCUACAUAGAGAGGAUCGAAGCAGUGUCUGUGAAGAAGACGGCCUGUUCUGCACUGGAUCUCACUCUGAGCAAACACACAGGCCUGAUUCUGACAGCGAUGCCACCAAAAGAGAGAGGCCAUCACGACCAGUGUCUGAGUCUGAUCCAGAGGUAGCUGAGCGAUUGGCUCUGGGCAGCACUGAAACUCUGGCCAAUGGCAACAAGGCUGAUCUCCAAGCUGCAAAACGGCUGGCCAAACGCUUGUACACUCUUGAUGGAUUUAAGAAGUCAGAUGUGGCACGGCACCUGAGCAAGAACAAUGAGUUCAGUCACAUGGUGGCGGAGGAGUACCUCAGUCAUUUUAACUUCUCAGGGAUGAUGGUGGAUCAGGCGCUGAGGGUGUUUUUAAAAGAGUUUGCUCUAAUGGGAGAGACACAGGAGAGAGAACGAGUUCUGUCCCAUUUCUCCAAAAGAUACCUCCAGUGCAACCCGAAGACUAUACCAUAUGAAGACAGUGUUCACACAUUGACUUGUGCCCUGAUGUUGCUCAACACUGAUCUGCACGGUCAUAAUGUGGGCAAGAGGAUGUCCUGCAUGCAGUUUAUUGGUAACCUGCAAGGGCUGAAUGAUGGGCAGGACUUCCCAAAAGAUCUUCUUAAGGCUCUCUACAACUCCAUCAAAAAUGAAAAACUGCAGUGGACAAUCGAUGAGGAAGAACUGCGGAAGUCUUUCUCUGAGAUGGACGGCAGGAAAGACUCUGCAUCGCACACUAUGAAGCGGAUCAGCAGCGGAGGAAACUCUCUGAUCAGUGUUGCACAGCAGUCCAGCGCACAGGUCUAUAAGAACGGCUUCCUCGUGCGCAAAGUCCAUGCUGAUCCUGAUGGGAAGAAAACUCCACGAGGUAAAAGAGGGUGGAAAACGUUUUACGCUAUCUUAAAAGGACUGAUUCUCUACCUACAAAAGGAUGAAUAUCGUCCAGAUAAGCAGCUGUCAGAUGAAGACUUGAAAAAUGCAGUAUCAAUCCAUCAUUCUCUAGCCAUGCGGGCAGCAGACUAUAGCAAGAGACCAAAUGUGUUUUACCUGCGUACUGCUGACUGGAGAGUCUUUCUCUUCCAGGCACCGAACGCAGAGCAAAUGCAGUCCUGGAUUACUCGCAUCAACACGGUGGCAGCCAUGUUUUCUGCACCUCCAUUCCCAGCAGCCAUCGGCUCCCAAAAGAAGUUUAGCCGUCCUCUUCUGCCGGGCUCAAACACCAAGCUCUCACAGGAGGAGCAGCUCAAAUCUCAUGAAACACGUUUUCGGACUGUUUCUGCUGAGCUCCAGGAACUGCGCUCUACACCUCAAGACCGCAAGACCAAAAGCAGGGACCAAGAAGAAUACAAGCAAAGGGAAGAGUAUCUUGACUUUGAGAAAACACGUUACGGAACAUAUACAAUGCUGCUGAGAACUAAGAUCCGCAUGGGAGAAACGGACCUGGCGGCAUUUGAGGGCCGUUUGUUUGAGGACAGCGGUUUACAGAGGACCCACUCCAGCCCUACGUUACCCCAGGACAUCAGCCAUGCCAGCAGCACCAAAGAAACCAGCAGGAGCAGCAGCGGCAGCAGCAGGAGGACCAAACGCUCAGACUCUCAGAGACACAGCUUCAAACAGGCUGCCAAACAGUGAGAUGAACCAGCCACAAUUGGUUAUUUAUCUCCAUUCAGGAGCUCUGCCAGGACGCCUGCAGGUUUCUUCAAUGGCUGCUCUCGUCGAGUGGUCAUGAUUACGAAACUGCAGUUGGGAUUUCUGUCCCCGAUGUGACCGCUGGUUAAAGCAUGCCUUUUCUAGCCGGUAAAUGGGCCCAAAUCUGCAAGUGGGCCGAUGAGAAGGAGCACCAGCCUGACAUUGUCUCAUUCCUGUCAGUCUUUGUUUUGUCACCACAGAUCUGUUGACUUUAUCUGUGUAUUUUGCUUGUUGGUUGUUGGUUUAAAACAGUUGCGGCUUAGAACAAGUUGCAAAUUUUUAAAGGAGAGACCUCUUUAUCAUGUGAAGAUACUGUAGGUGGUUCACUUUAUAUAUUUAAAGCAUUGUAGAUUUUGCUUUUUAGAUGAUCAGUUCUCCAACUGAAGUCGAUCAGGCGCUUUAACACCUUAUGAAAGUUUAGUCUGUAUAGUCCUUUAAACCUUCUUAAAGCACGUCUCAAAGCAUGCCUAAGAUGUUUGAAGACAAUCAGUUCGCAUUUGGUAAAAUAACUGAGAAUAUGAAUGCAUUUUUGUUAAUUCCAGGGAACUAGUGACAAUGACAGUGUAGCUAGAACAUCCCUUGUGAUAAAUAUUUGCACUUGGAGUCUAUUUCAUAUUUUAAAAGCAUUUUAAAACAGUACAUUUAGACAAUAUAAUAUUAAUGAAAAUGCCACUUAAGUGUACUUAAAUAUAGUACACUUUAUCUUGACUGACUCUUGUAAUCCACAUGAAUCAGAAGUUGCUGCGGACUUUUAUUUCAGUAUGAUGACGCAUGACGUGGCUAAGCAUAUUUCAGCCAAGCCGUCCAACUGACGUCUUCAGAGAAGGACUGUUAUUCCAAAGUCUAAGCAAAAGGUUAGAUUUUGAUUACUAAUUGUUCACCUUAGGACUAAAAAUUCAAGAACACCCUCAAUUUUAAUUUCACUUGUGUCACAUAACAAUUUUAAAUUUCACUUGCUAACCUUCGGGCUUACUUUGUUUAAAAACAAUAGGGCUAGCCUUGUGUUUGAAAAAUUAUCAAUUAAUAACUUUUUAUAUUGUCAAUGUGUCAAAAACAAUAUUCCAAACCCCAGGUGGUCUGAAAUAUAGCCUGAUUCUUUUCUAUUUUGAGGCGUUUUUGUCGGAAGAAUCAAAACACGUGACUGACGGUUAAGCGCGCUCCCGAGAGACUUUCUUUCAUUUAACAUGACAGGUAACGAAUGUUGAUCCAAACAAUGCUGAAAAGAGCUAUUUUGUGCAGUAAUGUCAAUGUGUCACGGAUUAAUUAAAUUGGAGUAUUGCAAAUACUGUAUAUUGUCAUUUAAAACAACGCUAACUAACGUUACUUUUGAUUAAAUUACACUAACGUUACUGUCUUUGUUCAUUUAACUUACCUGAUCUGUGAACAUGAUGCAGGUGAAUUAUGAUGCUAACAUAUCCAAAUCGCUAUGAAUCGGCUGCUUUAUUAAGUUAACUGUUGUCCUCUUUUCGCUCUUUCUGGUGUGUAACGUUAGUUUAUUGAAAGGAAAGACGUCAUAUUCAUUCAUCAAACCGUUGCUCAAAGGCAGAGCAGUGAUGAUGGCGUCUGGAAGUUUGUUAUCAGUACGUCGCCCUAGAAAAGUAUUUACAACUUACCUUCAUUUGCACACUAAGAAUGGGAAAUUGUUUCAACACGAGUCUUUAGGGCACCGAAUCACGUUCUGUCUCUUGAACGUUAUGUGUACGAGCAAAAAGUUGCUUGUCGCAGUUCACGUAACCACCACAGGUGUCGCUAUUAAGUGGGCUUUUUGUUUUCCACAAACAACCCCUGUAUAAUUUUUUUAACUUAAUAUUUUGACGUGUUAAUAAAAAAACUAAAGCACGUAUGUUUUAAACUAUUUUCUUUCAAUAGUAAGUACAUUUAAAAUUUAGCUGAAGUUAACUUUUUCACAAGGGAUUAAGCUGUCAUUUGUUUUAACCAAGCAGUGCUCAUGACCAAUUAUUACCAUGUGAAACGGAUGUUAAAAUCGACCCUAUUGUGUUAUUUUGUGUAAUGUGUAUUUUAAAAUAUGUAUUGAGCUUAAGAAUGACGUGAUGCAAAAUCUCUGUGUCAAAAAAAGACCAAGCCAUUGAACUCUCAGGCACUCAUUUUCAAAAAUUUGUGAUUUAUUCAGUGCUGUGGUAAAAAUGGAGGUUUGAUCAGAGAGUAACCACAUGUUAAUACCUCAAUUGCACUGAGAGACCUGCUUAAGGAGUGUUAUUUGGUUGGAAGUAAUUUAACUGUUUACAAACAUGCGUUAUUGUGUUAAAAUGAAUUUAGUUGAACUAUUGUCUUAUAGGAAUGAAAGUAAGCUUCUAUGCUGCUUAUCAGAACCUCGUGAAUUGUCCUGUUGGUAUCAGAAAUAUGAAGGAUCCAAGAAAUUGUAAAACUUGCAAAACACCAUGAAUGCAAAUCCAGGUCACACAGAUCUAAACUGACUGUUAACACUGCCAGCAUACAGGUCAAAUUCAGAAAUAAAAAGACACUAAAUACACUACAAAAUGAGAAUCUGGGACCCGAAAUCCAUCGAAUGGCACUUAAGUAGUGUUAUGCUUCACUGCACUAUGAAUAAUAGGUGUAUUUAAUGAAAACAAAAAAAGAGUUAUUUAUAUAUUUUGAACAUUUAUUAUCCAUAUUGAGUAUUUGUUUAUACCUGAAACAUAUUGACUAAAAGCUUUAUACAAGUUUUUAUAGGGAACACUCAACCACUGCGGGUAGUUCAGUGUAGCCCAAAGGUUUUGCUGUAAAUGUAACUUAUUUCUUAUAACUUAGAUUUUGUGUUUGUUGUGUUAUUCUCUCUAGCUGUAUAUAAUGUGAAUAUUAUGUUACAGCCUCUCAGUAAAAGAUAUUGCUAUGUUUGUAUGUUUUGAAGGCAUAGGAAAAAUAAAUCUGUUUUGAAACGA